AUGCAGAGUCCUCCAGAAGGGGAGGGCGUCUUUCGGCUGGACCUGGGGAUCAACAAGGUUGCCUACGACCGGACGAUGAAAUCACUGGAUUGCCUAGUGGACUCGACGCUGGACCCAGCUUUUCUCAGCGUGCUGCUGGAAAAGGAGGUCAAGCACAACAACAGGAUCGACCCGUUACCUUUGGAGUUGUCCGCUUCGGGAUUGAACGACGCUCAGGUGGCCGCAGCGCGGUCCAUUGAGGAGGCGCGAGUGAGUCUGAUCCAAGGACCUCCGGGGUGCGGAAAGACGCGACUGGCCAGCGCGCUGCUGAAGGCGGCCUACCGCGGCAAGCCGCUCCUGGCGGCCGCGGACUCCCACGUCGCCGUGGACCGGCUCAUGGCAGCGCUCCUGUCCGCCGGCGUGGCGGCAGUGCGGUUCGGGGACUCCGCGCGGAUCACGCAGCGCGACCUCGUCCCCUACUCGGUGGAGGUCCUCGCGCAGCAGAGGAGCAGUCCCGAGGCGUGGCGCAGCCGCCUGCGCGCCCUCGCUGGCGAGGUCCAGGCGCUCCGGCGGGCGGGCGCGGGGGCCGGCGCGGCUGCGGCGGCGCCAGGGGCCCGGGAGGAGGCGCUCCAGCUCGCCGAGGAGCGGCUCCGGAACGAACUGAAGCGCGCGGCCGAUGGAGAGCAGGUCUCCUACGCCGACGCCGUGCAGAGCGUGCUGGACAGCGCGGAGGUGGUCUGCGCCACCCUGGUGGGCUGCGGCGCGAGAGACUUCGAGGGGCGGUCCUUCGACCUCAUCCUGCUGGACGAGGCGUCGCAGUCCACGGAGCCGCGGUCGCUGAUCCCCAUCAGCAGGCUCAGCCCGUCCGGGCGCCUCGCGCUGGUGGGCGACCACCAGCAGCUGCCGCCGGUGUGCGUGUCGCGGGAGGCGGAGUCGGCCGGGCUGGGCCUCUCCCUGUUCAGCCGGCUGCUGCAAUUGCCCCCGCUGCGGCCGGCGGCUCUGCGGGUGCAGUACCGCAUGCACCCGCUGAUCAGGCAGUGGCCGUCGGAGGCCUUCUACAGGGGUACGCUGGUCGAUGGCGAGAGCGUGGUCGGCAG